AUAAUUAACGACGAAAUUGACGAACCUCGGGUUUUGAUUAAUGCAAUGGUAGGAAUGUACGCAUUGUCAUCAAUUACAAUUGAACCAGUUGUGAAUUCCCGCCAUUGCAUACUUUCAUAGUCAAACUAGAGUAUGAAUUUCGAAAAGCAAACACUCAUUGACAAGUCGCUCAUGAAAAUUUUAUCUAAGACGAAAAAGACUAUAUCCGUCUUUACACCACUGCAUUAUACUUGGUAGUCACUAGUCAUUGUAGUUGGAGUUUGGACAAGAAAAACGUAAACAAGUAGUCGAUUGACUAAGGAGUUUUUCCAUUAGGUACACCAAUCGUCUACUUAUGCUUGCGCCAUCGUACAGUUGUUAUUGUAGCCAAGUAUUGUCAUAUGAACGUGCGUCCCCCACUACGCUAUGUUUAUAUUUUCUCGCCGGUGCAGAAUAACCGGUCCAACUCCAAUCUCAACCAUAUGAGCAGCGCUCGACGUUGACUCCAAGUUUUAACUUCUGCUACUGCGUCGCUCCGCUGCAGGUGUCAGUCACCUUUAACACCGAAAAAUCAUCAACACGGCAAAUAUAAACAGGCUCCCCGUAAUCGGAAAAUUAGGGUCAGAGCAUGCGCCUUUUACCUCUGUUUGAGCCGAACCUGCUGAACUGCGGCGCUAAUGUGAUUCGAGUAUCCGCGUGUUAAUUUUUUAGAUAGAGCCGGUUUUUGACAUUUAAUCGUCAAUAUCAUAAAAGUUGCUUCCUUAUAUAUCACCAACGUGCGCUAUCAUUUCUUUAGCCACUUUUUAAGUUUGAUUAUUUUAAAUUACAUUAUGAUAAAAUAUUUAUAAUUAGGCUUCUACCUAUGCAUUAAACAUGUUGUGGUUCUGGAAGUUGUUUAUUUUUUUUUUGCUCUGUGCUUUCAACGAAACUACUUCGCACACUCGUAAAAUAAUUGAUGUCGAUCCUACAAGGACGAUUCUUUGGGGUCCUGGCCUAGAGCCUGAUAAAAUUGUUUUACGAGCUAGAUACAUAUUUGUGCAACUCGUCGAUCAUCAAGGACUAAAUGUAACCAAUUCUCCUGGAAAAAAUUUCGUUGCGGCAGUAAUCAAUGGCAAUUCCUUAAGUAACGAGACCUGCAGAGUAUGGUCUCAAAUUUUUGAUUGUAAAGAUGGUAGUUUUAUUAUCAGAUAUCGAUUACACGAAACUUGCAACGAUUUGCAGAUUAAAGUGCUCGUCAAGAAUCAUACUUUACCAUUGAUUCGACCUUUAAUAAAAGGGCCAAUUUAUGAAGAAGAAUGUUACUGUCCUCAGAAAUCUAUAAAAAAAUGGUUGGAAGAUAAUCAUUGUAAUAGUAAUCACUCACAAAUUUUAAGAGAUCUUCAACUUUUUCCAAGCGUUGAUUUUGAAAUUUACAGAAGUAAAAUCAUAUCAAGAUUUAACCAACCACACGGAGUUAGCCUUUGCCAUUAUGUGAUAAAAAAUAAUAAGAUUCACAGACAAUGUUUCGGUGAACAUGUUGGAUUCAAAACAUUUGUCGAUGAUAUCCUUUUAUCAAUAACACGCAAAUUAUUUUUACCAGAUGUUGAAUUUUUCAUGAAUUUGGGAGACUGGCCUCUAGUACUUAAAAAUACAGAGCUUCUUCCUAUUUUUUCAUGGUGUGGUUCUGUGGACUCCCACGAUAUUAUUCUCCCUACCUAUGAUUUAGCAAAGUCAUCUGUAGAAGCAAUGUCAAGCGUAAUAUUGGACAUGCUUUCAGUACAAGCUAGUAGUAAAACUGUAUGGGAAAAGAAAAUUGAAAAAGUUUUCUGGAGAGGUAGAGACUCAAAUAGAGCAAGACUUACUUUGAUUGAUUUAUCAAGAAAACAUCCCAAUCUUUUUAAUGCAGCUUUAACAAACUUCUUUUUUUUCACAAAAGAAGCAGAAAAAUAUGGACCAACUCAAAAACAUGUAUCAUUUUUUGAUUUUUUUGAGUACAAGUAUCAACUAAAUAUUGAUGGAACAGUAGCUGCUUACAGAUUUCCAUAUUUACUUGCAGGAGAUUCUCUAGUAUUCAAACAAGAUUCUAAAUAUUAUGAGUUUUUCUACAAAGAUCUUGAAGCUGAAAAACAUUUUAUUCCAGUGAAACGCGAUUUAUCAGAUUUGGUGGAAAAAGUGAAUUGGGCUAUUAAUAAUGAUGAAACAGCUUAUAAAAUCACAAAAAAUGCCCAACAGUUUAUAAGAGAUAAUUUAAUGCCCCAACAUAUCCUCUGUUAUCAUGCAGUUUUAAUUCAAAAGUGGAGUCAUCGCAUCACAAGUAAAAUAAAAGUAUUUCCAGAAAUGGAAGAAGUAACACAAAAAGAACAUGAAUGUAAUUGUUUAAAUACAAGAGAUGAUGGUAGUGAAAUAAAAGAUGAGCUCUAGAAUUGAAUCAAAAUCGUUUUAUAUUAAUAUGCUCUGAAAAAUCAAAACUAAAAUAUCAAGUUAUAAAAGUUAAAACAUACUAUUUUCAUUUGAGGAAAAAAAGGUAGUCAAAGAGUGUUCAAUAGAUUUCGAUGUAAAUAAAUCACAAAUAUUUAUUUUUAUACCUUACAAAAUGCAUGUUACAUAAUUUGUUCUAUCUAAAUAUACAAAAAAAAAAUAAAAAUUUAAAUCAUUAUGAUAAGUGGGUACUCAUGUAAAGUAAAAGAUAUUUUGAGAUUGAAUACCGUUAAAAAUUAAAAAGUAAUCAUAUCUUCAUUUUCAAUGCAUAUUUCGUCC